GGACCGAACGGUCCCCAGUCGUAGUAGCGGUCGGCCGGCAGCCCAGUGUGUGAUCGCGCUUGCGGCCGGGCGGACGGUAGGUGCCUGCUGCAGCCGCGCCUCGCCGGGACACGAGACACGCCUUCUGUCUGCAAGCCGCCGCUCUUCCGCAGUCUACCUGCCGCGGCUAUGUCGCGGAGCGCCGAGAUGAGCAGCGAGUGCGGGCUGGGCACGUGGCUGCGGCCCGCGUGGCUGUCGCGUUUCGCCACGUCGCGCGCCUUCCUCGCCGUCUACGGGCUGCUGGGCACCACGCAGGCAAUGGCCGUCAUGUACUUCGUCGCCACGCUCACCACGCUCGAGAAGCGCUUCAAGAUCCCCAGCAAGACCACAGGUCUGAUGAUGACGGGGAACGAGCUGAGCCAGAUCCUGCUGUCGCUGUUCCUGGCAUACUACGGCGGCCGCGGCAACCGGCCGGUGUGGAUCGCGUGGGGCGUGGCGCUGUCGGGCAUCUCGUGCUUCAUGCUGGCGCUGCCGCACGUCAUCUACGGCGCCGGAGGCGACGCCUUGGCACUCACGCUCGAAUAUCAAGAGGGCGGCGCGCUCUACAACACGUCUGCGCUCAGUGGAGUGAACACAUACACAGAGCCACUGUGCAACGCAACGCACACUGAGGCUGACGAGUGCACGUCGGACUUCAGCAUCAUGCCGCUGGUGCUGGUCUUCCUGUCGCAGUUCGUGUUGGGCAUCGGCACCACGUUGUACUACGCGCUCGGCCAGACCUACCUCGACGACAACGCCAAAACGACGAGGACGCCUCUGUUACUCGGAGCCGUUCUUGCACUGAGAACAACAGGACCGGCAUUGGGAUUUAUUAUGGGUUACCUUUGUCUCAACCUGUAUAUAGAGCCUGGGCUGACUCCAAUCAUCAGCAAGAGAGACCCCAGGUGGCUCGGUGCUUGGUGGUUAGGUUGGAUCAUCCUGGGAUUUGUCAUGCUGCUGUUUUCUCUGCUGAUUGCCAUGUUCCCAAAACAGCUUCCAAAGGCGGCAGCCAGGGACAGAGCACGAACCAGCAGCUUUGCAAGACGGAGUUCGAAGACGCACCGGCUGAAUUCUAGCAGUUCCGUGCGCUCUCUCUCCUCUCCAGAGCAGGAACCGCUAACCAAGAAACAUACCCUGGAUGACUUCAUUCCCGAUGAUCCAGUUCCAGUCAGUAAAACCAAGGAGGCAAAUCCUUUUGGACCGACACUACAUGAGACAAGACCUUCACUGUCCGAUUUUAAGGAAUCGCUAAAAAGGAUGCUUAAAAACAAACUUCUAAUGGUUAACAUUUUUGCUUCGGUAUUCUACGUCUUGGGAGCCUCUGGAUACGUUAACUUCAUAGUCAAGUAUAUGGAAACACAGUUUCAACAAUCUGCAGCGAAAGCUAAUGGCGUUGCUGGAGUUCUCGGGAUAAUAGCAAUGGCUUCUGGAUUUAUUGUCUCUGGCUAUGUUAUUUCUAAAUUCCAACCACGAGCAGUCUUGCUCCUUGGGUGGAAUGUCAUUGUUGGGUUUGGAUACAUAGCAGCAGAAAUUAUCAUGAUGUUUGUACGUUGCCCUGGCAACAUACCACACAAGAUUGGCAGUGAGUGCAGUAAUUUUUGUGACUGCACAGGUUUCAAGUACGCACCUCUAUGCCACGAAGAGACAAAAGAGGUUUUCUAUUCAGCUUGUCAGGCAGGGUGCACAUCAUUCAUUGGCAAUGAAACUCACAAGAUAUACAGCAAUUGCCAUUGCAUUGAGGAAGAGCAGGUUGUGCUUGUAUCUGGGCUCUGCAGUGUCGACUGUAGCCACAUGCUUGGGAUUUUUAUUGCAUUAUUGUUCACAAUGCACUUCAUUGGAAGCACAGGGAAAGUUGGAAAUGUGCUUGUUAACUAUAGGUGUGUUGAUGCCAAAGACAAACCACUUGCUUCUGCUCUCACUCUUCUGUUAGUUAGCCUUCUAGCAUUUAUACCUGGGCCAAUUCUUUUUGGAGCAAUCAUAGAUUCUUCCUGCCUUGAAUGGGACAUAAGCUGUGGGAAAAGAGGAAAUUGCUGGCUCUAUGAUCAAGACAAGUUCAGACAUUACAUAAAUGGAACUGCUGCAGUAAUAACCAUUAUGGGUGUCAUUCUGGAUGCUGUGGUGUGUUACCUUGGUCGUAAUAUGGAGUUCUAUGAUCCUGAAGAAAUACAGGAGACAAAGAAGCAACAGCUUAAAAGUUAACCAGUCAGUGAGUGACAGUGAUAAAGUGAUAUGCUCAGCACAGAGAGGACAUUUGCUUGAACUAAAGGAUACAGUAAGAAUGUGAUUUUCACACAACAGUACAAAGAGCUUUGAGGUGGCAGUGUGAAAUAAGCUUAUUUCAUAUAUUUAAUGUCUUAUCAAGACAAGUCAGUAUUAUCAUAAGGAGAGUGACUAUGGAAUAGGAUCAGUUUGUGGACUUCUCAAACAACUUUCUUGUACAGUAUUGUAAAAUGUUGUUUAUAAGCACUUAGCAUAUUUAUUUCCUUGUAAAAUAUCUUUGUUUACAUAAAAAUUGUUUUUGUGUUGUGUAAAUGAUGACAACACGCAAAUGCCUAUAGUAACAUUAUGAACUGUAUCAGUACAAAAAAAUCAGUAAUAAGGAAAGCAUAAAACUAGCAGAGUUUUCCUAUCAGAUAAAAUGCCAAGUACUGACAGCACUCUGGACAGUUCCAGUAUUGUAACUGUGUUCCAGAUGUGCCUUUUACAUUGUUUACUUCACAAUAUUAUGAAACUGUCUCAUCUUCAGUUACAGAAGAUGAGAUUCUUCGAGCUCUGCCAUGCGUAUGAGAAAACUUAAAUAAAUAUCUCAAAGUGAAAAUAUUCUUUUUAACAAUUAGGUAUCACAGGCUGAUUCAAUUUACAAUUCAGACUUAAUAAAGCAGCCAUAAAUGCUUUAGUCAACAAUGGUCACAACAAUCACAGAGUUACAUGAGACUGUGUUUAAAAAAGUGAAAGUACACACAAGCAGACAUGUGAUAUAUACACGUAUGAGCAAUACAUUACAAUGAAAUAAUCAACACUACCUCAACUCUUUAACAGAGUAAAAGGAAUGUACGACUUAGAUUUCAAAAUCUGAUUAUAAUACUCCCAUUUUUCAAUUAUGCUGGAAAACAAUUGAUUGACUCAUUGAUUUUUUAUUCUCCCUGUGACAGUUUACAUGGUAUGGUUUUCAUA